GAUGACUCAUUGUAUUCAAAGACACUGUUUAAACACACACAUAAACACACGAACAUCCCCAUAGACGCUCUAAAUUGCACAAAUGCACACAAAAGGUGUGAGAUGGCUGUUUAGUUUUACACUUAAACCAUAAAGGGUCAUUUCCACAGGUGCUGAUCUGACAUUUUGAGAGCGCCGGCUAACAGGAGUGCAGCAACAUGACCAAGGGCACAUUUUUCCUGUUUCUACUUGCUCUUGUUGAAGUGACCGCUUCCAGCAAAAAUGAUACCGGCAAUCGUGAAAAGCGGGAAGCUGUUCUUAUUCGUUCAAAGAGAAGAUGGGUUCUGACCACCAUUGAUCUUGAGGAGAACAGGCCUGGACCGUAUCCCAUUGAGCUUACACAGCUGUUCAAUGACAAAAAGGAGGACAACACCGUCAAGUUCCGCCUCCAAGGAGACGGGGUGACAAGAGAGCCAUUUGGUUUGUUUUCCAUUAACGAAAACACUGGGGUUGUAUUCGUACACCAGCCCAUCGACAGGGAAAUCAAUCCCAUCUUCCAUGUGGACUUUGACGUGUUGGACAGGCAGACUGGAAAAGAGUUGGACAAAACACUGUCAUUCAACGUGGAAAUAAAGGACAAGAAUGACAACAAACCCGAGUUCCCGCUGGAAACUAUCCGUAUAUCAGUUCAGGAGAACACUGUUGAAGGCAUUCUGCAUGGAACAAUUCAAGCUCAUGACAAAGAUAAGCCGGAUACUCCUAAUUCCCAGUUCACCAUGAGGCUGGUGUCACAAGAACCUGCAUUACCAAAAAUUUCCCUGAAGGACAUACCUGGGACCCCUAAAGUCAAACAGCUCGUCUUCACGGGAUGCUUUGACUAUGAUAUGGCAAAAACAUAUGAAGUGCUAGUUGAAGUGAAGGAUAAAGGGACACCUGCAAUGUCUUCAACUGGAACUGUUUUUCUGGACAUCAAAGAUGCCAACACCCAUCCACCAGAAUUCAGUUCUACCACGUACAACACUCAAGUGAAGGAAAUGGAAUCAAACAAGGAGAUCCUAAGAAUUGGCGUCACAGACAAGGACACACCGAACACGGCUGCAUCAAGAGCGGUGUUCUCCAUCCUGAAGGGCAACGAAGAUGGGAAUUAUAAGAUCGAGACAGACCCCAAAACCAAUGAAGGUGUGCUGUCUGUUAUCAAGGGGAAGAAUUUUGAGAAAACUCAGAUUACAGAGUUGGAAAUAGCUGUUGAGAACGAGGAGAAAUUAUUUCAGUGUGUCAAUGGAAAGCCCGUAACAGGAUCCACACCAAAGCCAAACUCUGUCAAAGUGGCAGUGAAAGUCAUUGACGCGAAUGAUCCCCCUCAAUUUAAGAAGACUACUGAAAUAAUUUACCGAAAUGAAAAUGGAGAUCCAGGAGAUGUGUUGUUUGUUCCUGAAGUCAAAGAUGAAGACUCAGACUUAAGCAAAAUCAGGUAUGAGUUAGUACAAGACCCAGCCAAAUGGGUGAGUGUUGACCCGAAGACAGGAAAGAUCACCACAGUUCAGAAGAUGGACCGGGAAUCUCCAUUCAUCAAAAAUGGCACCUACACUGUUGUAGUCCAGGCUAUAGAUGACGGAGAGCCUCCAGCUACAGGGACAUGCACUGUUGUGAUCUUCAUUGGUGACGUGAAUGAUAAUGCCCCCUAUCUCACCUCCAAAAACAUGAUCAUGUGCGGUAACAAGGUCGACCGUGUCAAUGUGAUUCCAGCAGACAUUGAUGGUCCUCCAUUUUCAGCUCCUUUUACCUUCUCUCUGGGAGGAGGAGAAGCGCUUAGGAAACUCUGGAAGCUGGAGCCUGCCACAGGAGCAAACACCUCUCUGAUAAGUUUGACGUCUCUACCAUAUGGAAACUACUCGAUUCCUUUGAAGAUGCAGGACCAGCAAGCACUGCAGUCAGAAGAGGUUCUGCAAGUGGUUGUGUGUGAAUGUAAUGGAGGAACCGUGUGUCGUGGGGCUCUUCCUUUCUCCUCGAGGCUGGGUCCAGCAGCCAUCGGUCUCCUGUUUGCCGGACUUCUCCUUUUGUCCCUUCUUAUACUCUUUUCUUUAUUCUGUGACUGCCAAACCAAGAGCUUUCAACACAUACCUCUGAACCUGCAUAGCGAGGGCAGCCAAACCCUUGUCAAAUACAACGACGAGGGAGGAGGCUCAGUCUAUAAACCCGAGUACACUUCCAAUUUUGGUCUGAUGGAAAGCAUGAAAAUUGCAUCUGCACCGCCUGAGUCCCUGGUUACAACUGAUGGAUACAGGAGGGCUGAUAGUAGUAUGCUGAGAAUCUCUUCAGGGUAUAACUCCAUUAUGUCCAAUGGCGGAGGUGCGAGGAGCAUGUCAAUGGUCCGAGGGGAAAGCAGAAAGUAUAUGAGUGGAGGCAGCCAGAUGUUCCGAUCAAACACUCAAACACAAAGAAAGCUGGGAGGACAAAUCGAGAGGAAAAUCAGCAGACUUGCGGAAGCACAGGAGAACUAUCCUGCAUAUUCCCCAUAUCCAUAUGAAUAUGAGGGGAAGGGCAGUGAUUGCCAGUCACUGGAUCAGCUGACUGUUAGCAACCUUGGUGAUAACAUGGACUUCCUUCAGGACCUUGGGCCAAAGUUCAGCACUCUGGGAGGGAUUUGUCAACAGCCAGUGGAGCGCAGGAAUGUCCGACUGUGAAAAUAGAUGAUAAGUUGAGACUUGAGAGAGCUUCAAGCCUUCAGCUUUAUCCCGUUUAAUGAUUGUUUCACAUUUCUAUAUUUCUACAUUUCUAUGGUUUCAGCUUAGCUGCAAAGGGGUACCAGGGAUUUUUUUUGUGCUGUUAGUUUUAUUUUUUUGGAAGAGAGUGCUCUAGGUCAAGGCAAGCCUUGAUUUUGAGCACCAUGAAAUCUGCACAGGAGCAGGGUGAUCAUGGAUAAGCUGUGAACAUGACGUCUACCGCGCUAAGACUGGCCUCAGGGAACUAAGUGAUACUGAUACAGUAUGCAUUUGUGCCCAUGAUAUAUAAGGGAUAUAAUAUGCAUAAGGAAGCAUGUUGAGUGCUUGAAUUGAAAACUGCUAACUUUACCUCAGCUUAUACCUGCCUGUUUGAUCGGCUUUCAUCUGAAAUUCAUCUUUUUUUCCUCAGCAAAUGUAAAGCCACACUUUCCCAACCCCACUAGUCUAAGCCAUGCUGAUUUGUGUAAGCGAGUUUUUGUCUGGGGUUGUCCUGCACAUGAUGCUAUUAUUGGGACGCUGACUUUAGGUAUUGUUUUGUGCACUUUACUAGGAUGACUUUGCAUUGCAGAAUCUCUUGAGUAUUUUAAAGCAUUAGUCCAGCCGAAAAUGACAAUUCUCCUUUGUCCUUCACAUUGUUCAAAUCAUAUUGAAGCUUAUUUCUAGGUAAAUGUGAAUUUUUAUCAAGAUAUUCUGACAAUCCUUUCAGAAUUCUGAGUUUACAUCUUGCAGGUCUAAUUUUUUUUCCUCUAAAUCCUGAGCUCAUUCAACAUGCAAUAUUUUUACCUGUCCGUAUGCACAUGCAGAAUUCUGGGAAAUUAUGAAAUAUGUUAUGAUGUAAACUUCAGAAUUGUGAACAAGUCACAAUAUAUAUAUAUAUUUUUAAAUAUUUUUAUUCUGUGACGAAAAUAAGCUUAAACACAAACCUGCAUGACCCCCCCCCCCCCCACACACACACACACAAACUAAUUAUUACAUCUCUCCACAUAUUUUUGUUCCCUCUUCUUAAAGGGCUUUUUUGUUCUCCUGGGUUUUUCAUUGUUGUUAGUCUUAAGUGGCUGGAUUUAUUUUUUUCUUUUAUUAUUAUUAUUAUUGUAAUGCUAUAUUUACAUUUUGUAAGAGUGAACAUAAAAGAGUUCAACAAACAGUUUAUUCCAUCAAACAGUUUCAGUUUUCCAGUCUUACUCAGUGUUCAUCUAUUUCUUUUAUAUUCCUCUUUGUAUUGUAAAUAGGUUUUAUUUGUUUCAUCCGGAAUUAUUUUUAAGAAAGGAUUUAUGAUACAUAAAAAAAAAAAAAAAAAAAAAAAAAAAAACGUUAUCUGGAUGGUUUUGGUUCAGAGGUGCUGAGGGCGACGAUUUGCCAUCAUGGAAUUUUCUGGCUGUAUGUGUAUGAGCGGGCUGAGGGAAAACGGUAUUCCUACCUAUCUCAAAGUUAUAAGGUGCGAGCUUCGCGACCCAGCGCUGUGCACCGGCAUCAAGCUUCGGUUUACUCAUUAUAUACAUCUGCGUUGGAGGAUUUUUUUAUGUCUGAUUUAUUUGUCAAUAAAAGUUCAAUCAAGCACAA